CUAACUAAAACUACUCGGACAACGAAGAAGCUCGGCAUAGAGAUUUAUCAAGCCGACAUCGACAGAAAGAUGUCGCCACUAAUCAAAUAUGCAGAGAGCCUUCAAUCACUGUACUUACAAGCAGUGGUGAAAGAAGCGAUACGACGCCACCCGGAAGUUUCAUAUACUUUGGAACGAGUUGUUCCCCAAGAGCGUGAAGCGCAAUGCGGCAUGAUGCUCCGUGAGGCACUAUAUUAG